AUGUCAGAGAGAAAGGUUAUUAACAAGUAUUACCCGCCAAAUUUCAACCCUCUAGAGGCAGAAAAUGCGGCGCGCAAGCUUUCGAAGAAACUAAAGACUAUGAAUAAGGAGUCUAUCACGAUCCGAUUAAUGACUCCAUUCAGCCUGAGGUGUUUGAAAUGUUCAGAGUACAUACCAAAAAGUCGGAAAUUCAAUGGUAAAAAAGAGCUCUUACCAGAGAGGUAUCUGGAAACGAUCAAAAUCUAUAGACUGAGCAUAAAAUGUCCACGGUGCAACAAUAUGAUAUCUUUUAGGACAGAUCCCAAAAGCGGAGACUACGUAAUGGAGAUUGGUGGGGUGCGCAACUAUGUAAAGCAGCAGGACCUCCCCAAGCCGGAUGAAACCCUAGACGAAACACUCGAACGCUUAGAGAAAGAGCAGCAACAGGAAAAUGCUAAGCUAGCCUCUGACGGUCAGGAGGACAGGCUUGAGCAAUUGGAGACACGUCUUGCCAAGCUUCAAAAGGAAGAACAAGACCUUGAAGAACUUGAGCAACUUCGUAAGCAAACCACGCUGCGAAUGAGAAGGGCACGCGAUUUUCAGGCUCCUGACGUGGGGACAAAUGAACGGGAAGAGGACUUAGACGAGCUCAUCGCAGAGCAAGCCUUCAAGCAGGAUAAAAAAGAUGCCUCGCAGUCUCUCGAAAAGGAGCGAAGUUCUGGUCGCCCGGACCUCGCGCCAUCGUCUUCGGACGUUCCUGUAAUACCGCACCGAAUUCAGUUAAAGAAGAAAUCUAAAGCUAAUUCCCUGGGUGUGGUCAUCAAGAAGAAGAGAAAAAACUAG